GGUGGUCUUCUUCAUUUGAAGUUCUGAAAUUGUUCAAUUUUUGUUCCAUUUUUCUUGUAAUGUUUUGUAAAUUGUAAUUGCAUGCUGCUGAUGGAUCUGUCUUGUAUUUGCUGGUUGCUGAUGGCUGUAAAUUUUUUUUUUUCAAAUUUACUGAUGGCUCGAUGGCUCUGUUAGUCUGUUGCUUUCAAUUCUUUGCUCUGUUAUUGAUGGCUCUGUUACUGAUGUCUCGAUGGCUCUUAAUUUUUUGGUUCAAAUUUACUGAUGGCUUUGUUUGUAGUUGUUGGUUUUGCUGGGUAAAGGUUUAGUGUUUUGGAAUGUUUUAUAAUGUGCUAAUGUUUGUAAUUGCUGGCUUUGUUUGUAAUUGCUGGGUGAAGGUUUAGUGUUUUGUGAUUAUUGGUUAAUGUUUUGGUUUAGUGUUCUCUCUUUUUCAGAUUUCCCUUCUCCCUGUAUUUUUGCAUGUUGCUGAAUUGGUAAUCAAUAAAUUUGCCUUUUUGCUGUAAAUCGGGACUUUACUAAGAUUUGUUAAAUUUCUUGCUGUAACUUGAAUUUGUUGCUUCCCAGUCACCGAUUCAGAACAGAAUGCAAAGUCAGUGCUUGAUUGAUUGGCUUUGCUCACUGAUUGUAUUUGAUGAUAAAUUUUAAAUUAAUAACUUUUAAAUUUUAAAUCUGCACUUCCUAUGUUACUGAUUCAUUGUUCUUUCAGUGCUUUUUGUUGUUGUUAAUCAUUGUGAUGAGCUUUGUUAAAAUUUGCACUGCCUAUAUUACUGAUUUACUGUUCCUUCAGUGCUUUUUGUUGUUGUUAAUCAUUGUGAUGAGCUUUGUUAAAAUUUGCACUGCCUAUGUUACUGAUUCACGGAUUCAUCCCUCUUGUCAUCAUCAUCGGCAUGAACUCCGAACCAAAACCCCAACUCUCUGGAUAAAAUUGUAAUGAAAGCUGAUUGGGGCUUUUUCUUCUACUUAAGGUUUAGAUUAGUUGGACCCAACAAUGGGUUCUGAUUCAAAUGUGGCUGGGUCAUCAUCGCCCAGUGCAAAGCGCACCAGAGAUCCUGAAGAGGAAGUUUAUGUUGACAAUCUUCGCUCUCACAAGCGUUACCUUAGCGAGAUAAUGGCAUCCAGUCUUAAUGGACUGACGGUUGGUGACUCUCUUCCGGAUAAUCUAAUGGACUCUCCAGCCAGGUCUGAAAGCAUGUUCUCUCUUAGGGAUGAUAUGUCUUGGCAAUAUUCACCUAUGUCAGAAGACUCAGAUGACUUGAGGUUUUGCGAGACCCCAUUGCACGCUUGCCCGACCCAACUGGACAGUCUUCCAAGCAGUCCCGUUUCUUCUCCAUAUAGGUACCAAAAACCACAGAAUGCAUCCUCUUCAGCACCUUCUAGUAGUUCAAUUGCGUCGCAUAGCUCAACCGUCUUGGCUGUCACAUGCUCCCAGCCUCGCCAACGAGGGUCAGAUUCUGAGGGCCGAUUCCCAUCAUCUCCAAGUGAUAUAUGCCACUCAGCUGAUUUGAGAAGAGCUGCACUUUUGAGAUCGGUGCAGAUGAGAACACAACCUCCCGGAUCUACAUCCAUGGAGUUGCCGUUUGGUUCUUGCCAUGAGCCUAUACCUAAUGUAGAUACCGAGGAACGAUCAUGCUCGUAUAUGAAACCACUGGAUGACGAGAGGGAAUAUCAGAUUGAGGAGUGUUCGGCAAUCAGUAUUUCUGAACCGGAGUUUAACCCUGAUGACAAUAAGUCAGGUAGGGUCUUAGGUGUGAAUGCAAAAUCAACUGACUCGUGAGUAGAGUUGUAGUGUUCAAGUGUUGCUUUAGUCUCUGUCUUCAACAUGAAGCGGGUGCUUGUGUGUUGGUUCUGAGUUCUGACCAUAGAAGGAAAAGUGUUUUAUAUCUUCAAGAGUUUUCCUUCCCUUCGACCCAAUUUUUAGUUGCUUGUUGCACUUGGGGAAACUAACACACGACUAAAUUCAUACCAGGAAAAAUGUUAUUCAAUCAUGUAACAGUUGUCUUUUAAGUUUAUGAUCGAGAAAUUAAAUCAAAUUAACUAGCA